AUGGGGAAUGAAAAUGUUAGGGAUGACAUGUUUGUCAUUAAAGUAAAUGGUAAAGACUUAAAUUUUGGGCUAAAAGAGUUUGUUGCUAUAACUGGUUUGAAAUGUGGACCUGUUUCUGAUUUUGUAUCAGAUCCACAUGUUCAAAACAGACUCAUUGCUGAAAAUUUUGGAGAUUUUAAUAAACAUAAAUUCAGAAAUAUUGUCUUCUCGGAAGAAGAGUUAAAUCUAAUGGACGAAACCAUUAUAAAUCAGUCCAGCAGCCACCAUGAAUCAGAAAAUCCAAGAUCAUCGGAAAAUCGUGUUGUUGACAGUGAACAUAAAGUUCAAGAAUUGAGAGCUGAUAUUGCAGAGGUUAAGGCAGAGUUGAAAGAACUCAAAAUCACUGUUCACAAGCACAUGGCUGAUAUAAAGAUGUAUGUUGAUAGCUCCACCAAAAUGAUAAUUGAUGAGAUUCGAUUGUCAAGAGGAGAACAAAUACCUGAAGAACAACCAGAGGAAAACGUCAACCAUCAUGAUGUACAAUCUGAUCCAACAGAUAUGCCUACAGAGACAAUUCCACAACAAGUCCAAAGUUCAAACACAGCUGCUCAAAAAUCAACGGAUGAUUGUUUAAAUGUUGAUGCAUCUACAACAUCAAAAUCAAAACCACCAACAUUGGACGAUUAUCCUGAUUUUACCAUGACACAAAUAAUUGCCCUUGAUCCGAUUCUUAAUGCCACCACGACUCCAAAUCUAAGAACAAGAAACAAGAAUGUGGGUAAAUACGAUUCUUCUCCUUAUAUCAGAAUGUCGGAAGGAGAAAGCAGUUCAAAUAGAGUACCUACAUUCUUUCAAAUCAAACAUCCAUUCCAAAAUCACAAUGGGUUUGAUGUACCAGAUGAAAUGAUUGAGGAAUUCAAUAAAUGGAUUUUCAAAGAUGUGUCGAGCAGACGUGACAGGUAA